CGGCUCUCCUCUGAGCUGCGCACUUAUCGCUCCAAGAGCCGCUCCGGGCACAGCAGCGACGCACCGAGCGACGCACCGCCUCCGAGAGCAACGCGCCGCAGUUUGGAGGGGCGAAAGGCAAACAAAGCCACAACAGCCGAGACAGAAAAGACGAGAGAUGUCUUCCUACGUGUCCUCCGAGUGCCGCCGGGUCAGCCCCUCCGUCCACGGCAACAAGUUCGACACGGCGCACCGCAAGAAGGCCGUGGCCAACAUCUUCGAGAACGUCAACCAGGACGCGCUGAUGAGGCUCUUCCAGAAAACGGGCGACAUGAAGGCGGAGGAGCGGGUGAGGAGCAUCUUCUCCUACACCCAGGACCCGGAGGAGACGGCCCGGGCGCUCAUGGCUCUCAAGCAGCGCAAGAAGGACAAGUUCCUGCAGAUCGCCGGGAUGCUGCGGCAGCUGCUCAAGAUGCGCUGAGCGCGCCCGCGGCCGGGCUUCUCACCGCCUGUGUCCUUUCUGCCGGCUCCCGCGUGAGCCCAGUAUGAAAACACUCCCACUGUGACUGGGUCCAGGCCGCCACGCGCGGCCCUGUUCCCCGGAGGAGCGGCGGCAGGUGCGGAGGAGAGCGCACCUCCAGCCGGGAGCGCGCCCGGAGCGCAGCGUAUCGUAGCAUGCACACGCGCCGCAGCCGUGCGCCUCAUGGACGGAGGCCACAGCAUGGAGCUGACUGGGAAUAAUGAAGGGAAUACAUGUCUUCCCCC